AUGUGCAUGCUGAGCGCUCAGGUCACUGAAUUAAUUGUGUCGGGUGCUCUCACCUCUGGUGCCAUCGUCCAGAUAUCGGAUUUCAUCAUAAAUCAGGUUGCUGCAAAGAGGAUAUUUAUCGCGCUCAACUGCCAGGUCCUGGAACAAUACGGCACUUACGGACCUGCCAUCGUCAUCCCGCCCUUUACGGAGCUCCUCGACGCUCAGAAAUCUGCCGAGGAGCAACAAAAUGGCCAGCUGCCGGCUACUGGUCAACAGCAGCAGCACGGGUACGGGGGAAAUACCGGGGGAUACGGCUCUGCGCCACCGCCUGUGAACGGCGGCGGUAUGUAUGGUGGUCCCCCGCCGCCCGUCAAUCAAAAUUACAAUGCUAAUCAAUACCAGCAGCAAGGGGCCCCGCCUGGAAGCAUGUAUGGCGGGCCGCCGCCUCCGGCAAAUGGGGGACAGCCCGGCGGCGGCUAUGGUUCUAGCAGCGGUCCUUAUGGCGCGGGCGGAAAUUCCUACCCCGGCGGUGGAGGUGAACAGCAGCAACAGCAGGGCAUGUAUGGGGGGGGACCGCUGCCACAGCAGAAUGGUGGAGCCAACGGGUACGGCGGCCGAGGCGGCGCUGCACCGCAAGCCGGCUACAACCCAUAUGUGGCCCCUGGCGGUGCCGGUGGCGGAGGUGGGUCACGGCCACCUCCACAGUAUCAGGCUCAAGGCGCCAUUGCGCGGGAUGAGGCGCCGCCUCGUAUUAUGCCCAUCUCUGCCCUCAAUCCAUACAUUGCCCGCUGGGCCAUUCGGGGGCGAGUCACCAGCAAAGGCGAACUGCGCAGGUGGACCAACGUGAAGGGCGAGGGCAAGGUGUUUUCGUUCGACCUGUUGGACCUGGCGGGCGGGGACAUCCGGGCAACGGCGUUCGGGGCAGAGGCGGACAAAUUCUUCGAGACUAUAGAGGUGGGGGCCAUCUAUCAGAUUAGCAAGGCCAGUCUGACCCAAAAAAAACCGCAAUUCAACCCCACCAGCCAUGAUUAUGAGAUUCGCCUCGACCGCAACUCACUUGUGGAGCGUGUGCCUGAGGAUAAGGAGACUUCGCAAAUCCCUUCCAUCAGCUUUAAUUUCCGGCGGAUUGCCGACCUUGAGACGGCUGAAGCGGGCAGUAUGGUGGACAUCAUCGGGUUGGUGGAGACGUGCGACGCCUGGCAGUCCAUCACCCGGCGCACGGGCGAGGAGACUCAGAAGCGCAGUAUGGUGGUCCGGGACGAGAGCGGCCGGUCCAUCGAGGUGACACUGUGGGGCCCGCUGGUCAACAAUCCUGGAGACCAGAUCGAGCAGAUGGUACGGUCGGGUGCGCGGCCCGUGUUUGCCGCCAAGGCGCUGCGAGUUGGCGACUUUAAUGGGAAGACGUUGUCGACGAUUGGGUCAUCCGUGCUGCGGAUCGACCCGAUGGACCUACCAGCCGCACAGCGGCUACGUAGCUGGUAUGACGGCGGCGGGCGUUCGCAAGCGGUCAACUCGCUCAGCAGCGCAGGCAUGGGCGGGGGCGCUGGCGGAAAGGCUGACCGGCGGACAACUUUCUCCGCGAUCAAGGGUGAGCACCUGGGCACUUCGGGCAAGCCCGACUGGAUUACGGUGUCGGCAGUGGUGGACAUGGUCAAGACGGACAGCCAGGGCGGUGGUCCGUCCGCGGUUGUGUAUCCCUCCUGCCCCCACGACUUCAACGGAAGGCCAUGCCAGAAGAAGAUGAUGGACAUUGGCGGUGGCAACUGGAAUUGUGAGAGAUGUAACUACUCCACGGAGAAUCCCGCCUGGCGGUACCUGGUGUCCAUGAGCGCUUGCGACCACACGUCCAAGCAAUACCUGACUGCGUUCGGAGAUGCGGGUGACGCAAUCUUUGGCCGCACGGCGGCUGAGGUGCGGCAGCUGGAGGCGGAGAACACCCAAGAAUUCGACAGGCUCACAGAAUCCAUUCGUUUCACGUCCUUCAUUUUCCGGCUUAAGGUUGCGGAGGACCACUAUAACGACGAAGCGCGGAUCAAGGUGUCCAUUUACCGCCUGGAGCGUCUCACGGACUUCGUCAAGGAAGGAAAUCUCAUGUUGCAGUACAUCAAGGCCCUGGAGAACGGGCAACCCGUCCUUUGCACGGGGGGACCCAGUGGGUCAGUUGCCGCGGCCGCAACCGCGGCUGGUGUAGGGGCUGGUGGUAGCGGUGGCGGCGGUGGUUACAACCCGCAAGGCGGUGGCCUGGGAGGGGGCCAGUAUGGCGGGCCGUCAAGCAGCAUGUACGGCACAGCCCCGCAGGCAACGAACCCGUAUACAAGCGCGCCGGCGACCAAUCCCUACGUUGCACCGGCGACCGGCCACGCAGGAGGCGGUCCGCCUCGAACACCACCUCCUGCAGGUGGGGGCGGCGGGAUGUACGGUGGGCCACCGACGGCGGCUGGCAGGCCACAACAGAGCAGCGGCGGUGGCAUGUACGGCGGUCCGCAGCAGCAACAGGGCGGGGGUGGUGGCUACAGUGGCAGUGGCAGCGGGGCCGGCUAUGGGGGACCUGUGGGAGGGGGUGGCUAUGGUGGGGGCGGCGGGGGGGGCUGGAAUGGAGGUGGCCCGCCGCGUCAGCAGCAAGGCAGUGCCGGCGGCGGUAUGUAUGGCGGACCGCCGCCGGCUCAACAACAGAACAAUACCAACAACAGUUACCAGGUGCCGCCCAACGCGUUUUGGUAAGGGGGGGGAUAUGCGGCCAACGGCGCAGCAGGUGCGUCAUGGCAUCCCACCAGGCCGUACAGGGAAGCAGGGUUGGACACCACAGGGUUGAGUGGGGAGGGUGCUGCAAGCUGGCAAGGGUCCUGUUGCAAGCCACAAGAUUGCAGAAUGCUGUUGCGGCCAACGUCUGGCGUGCACAUGGUGAUUGUUGCGCUGGGUGCUGUGCGCAUACUCUCCGAAGGUAUGUCGAAGACGCGCACGUCAAGGCUUCAAGAGCCGGUUUCGUCUGUUGAUGCGAUGCAAGGGAGUGCUGUUUGCCUCGCACCGCCCUUGUUCAUGUUUAGGUUGUUUUUUUAAUUACUGUCUGUCUGAUAGUCCUUAAAAGGGUCCAGCUGUUGGGAUUGAGUUUUCGGAGUGGUGUUGUGCAAGGGCUAAGGUGCAGCAAUGCGGUUUGCAGACGGGCCUGGAGAACUAUAAACCGAAUUGGUCGGCUGUAAGAGGACCGACACAAACUGCUUGGCG